AUGGUUUGGUACAGUGGGCCAUCCAUCUUGUGCAGACUCCAGUUGCUUCCCUGUUCCUCCGCCCUCGACCUCACCGCGCGUCCCCGUCCCCUCCUCCCACUCCGCCUUGCCUCCACUCCACUCCUCUCGCUUCCAACGCCGCCGCGGAAGAGUGCGAGGAGGAGGCGGCCGCCGAUCUGUAUCAGGGCUCCCUGCGCGACCUGGAGGAGCCGUUCUUAUCUCGCCGAAGAGCCGGGAAAAAUGCCUGGUAUCCAGUUAGGAUGCCACACUAUAAGGUCCCAUGGCACCAGUGUGGCAAGACUCCACAUGUAUGACUGGAUAAUACUUCUGUUUCUUGCUGUUAUUGAUGGAGUGUUAAACAUAAUUGAGCCUUUUCACCGCUUUGUUGGACGUGACAUGAUGACGGACUUGAGAUACCCACUAAAGGGCAACACAAUUCCAUUUUGGGCCGUCCCGCUUAUUGGUAUUGUGCUGCCCUGUGCUGUCUUUGGUGGAAUUUACUUCAAAAAGAAAAAUGUCUAUGAUUUACAUCAUGGCAUACUGGGGAUUCUAUAUUCAGUGCUUAUAACUGCGGUGAUUACUGAUGCAAUUAAGGAUGGUGUUGGUCGUCCUCGCCCAGAUUUCUUUUGGCGUUGUUUCCCUGAUGGAAUACCUAAGUUUGAUAAUGUCACUACUGAUGUCAUAUGCCAUGGAGAAAAGGGUGUCAUCAAGGAAGGCCACAAGAGCUUUCCAAGUGGGCAUUCUUCAUGGUCUUUUGCUGGUCUAGGUUUUCUUGCGUGGUACUUAGCUGGUAAACUUCAAGCUUUUGAUCGCAAAGGCCAUAUUGCAAAACUAUGCAUAGUAUUUCUGCCUCUACUUGUUGCAUCACUUGUGGCAGUCUCUCGGGUUGAUGAUUACUGGCAUCACUGGCAAGACGUAUUUGCAGGUGGCAUUAUAGGUCUUACUGUUGCUUCAUUUUGUUAUCUGCAAUUUUUCCCUUAUCCAUUUGAUGCUGAUGCUGUAUGGCCUCAUGCAUAUUUCCAACAGCUAGCCGACACACAAAGCAACGGUAUUGCAAACUCAUACAACACGAGACCAACAGACACUGAGCUUGCCGAUGAAGACCAUGGUGCCAUUGCCCUGAGAGACACCAUCCCUAUUUUAGACUCGAUGGAGUCUGGUAGGAGAAUCUGAAACAUGGGGCGACAAGUAUCAUGAUGGUGUGGAUUCUUUGAUCUUUCUGGGUUUAGGUUCUGCAGCAUAAUUAGUUGGUACGUUUGCUCCAUUUCCAUGUACAUUGCACGAGUAAAAGGUAGGUAGGAUUGUGCCAAUCAUCUGGUGAUCGUCUCAUCAUCUUCACUGAGAGCUCCUUGCAACAAUCUGGUGGCCAUUACAAGCUGACAACUCUCUGUGGGUGUUGGAUGUAAAUUACUGUUAGUUUGCACUCUAGUCAUAUUCAUAUCCUGUUCUUUUUUAACUCAUGGUGUACCUAUCCUACACUGAGUUUCUCAACGAUCGCGCUGAAAUUGGUCACAUGGUGUAAAUUACUAAUGUUGCUGACUUUUGUGAUCCAGUUUAUUGCAGUUCAUUUAUUAGAUGCUCCAAAAAGAUGGGAUGGAAACCAACCAAAAGCACAGGACGUGGGGUGAACUAGAACAAAAGGGACGCUGGACACAAAACUCAAACCACACAUUAAGAUUAGAACUAAAGCAGCACUUGGCAACAGUGCAACCUAAAGUUCAACUAAAUAAGAUCGAACAAUGUAAUGGAUUAAAUUGGCAGUUUUUUUAUUGCUAUUUUCCAUAGGUAGAUAAAUAAUUAACAAUCACCCCCCUCUAGUGCGCACAUGUGAAUCACGCGGAGGUGGAACGAGGCGGUCUGGCUGAUCAUCGACCUGGAUAUGAGGAGAAUAUU